AUGAUCACCAAUGCGUGCACAGUAGACGGUGUCCGCAUCGGUAUCCACUUUUCGAAGGAGGACGACAGUGACUUUCUUCGACUUGUCGUUUCCCAUAUAUCCGCCUGCUUGCCUUUAUCCCCAUAUCUCUUUGUCAUAGCCAUCACUGGUAUGUCGUUAACCAAUGCUGGUAGUGAUGGUUGUGUUUCAGACGCACUCGUCAUCUGCGGGUCAGAUGCGGAUGAUAUGCAGCGGGCUGUACUUCUCGCGUCUUCCAAAUUUCCAGGACGAGUGGAUGCAGUCGACAACACGGGCACUGUCAUAGCUCAAGCUGCAUCCAUACAACAUAUUGGCCCCUCGUCAUACCACGAGGCUGCCUUGUGGGAUGUAUUGUUCAACUCCGUGCACACUCACAACCCUCAUUCUCCUCCCCCUGGAUCUCGCAGCAUCGACCAAAUUCUCUCCGACGCCCGGGCCAGGCUCGAGCGAAUGACGCCCCAACAAGCCUACGACGCACUUCACGAUCCUACAUACCCGGUGCCCGUUUUCCUCGUGGAUAUUCGCCCUGCUGCACAACGCGAUCGUGAAGGCGAGAUCUGCGGAUCUCUCAUCGUCGAGCGAAACGUUCUGGAGUGGCGUUUUGACCCACGCUGCGAAGCGCGAUUGACAAUUGCAGAUCGCUAUGAUUUGAAGAUUAUAUUGUUUUGUUGUGAAGGGUAUACUAGCUCAUUGGCUGCGGCGUCUUUGCAUGAACUUGGGUUGUGGAAUGCGACUGAUAUAGUGGGCGGUUAUGAUGCGUGGAUCGCGGCUGGUCUGCCAUGUCAAUAG